UCUCUUUUCUCACUUCUUCCUUCUUUUUUUUUAGCUUGUAUUUCUUUUUACCACCACCUCUGCGUGUGCUUACUACUAUACAGUCUCAUACAAACACGACAGUACCUUAAAAAAAACAACGCGUAAAUAACUUGUUAAUAAAUAAUGCCUACCAUUCGCGCUCUCCGCUGUCGUCGUCAACUUGUCCGAACUGCUUCGCUCUUGACCAGCGACAACGUCAAAAACUCCCGUCGCAUCUUUCCCACGGCUGCUGUUCGUACACCCAUUGUUCAAAAGGCCGGUUUACACGCAAGACCUGUUACUGUUGAAUCCUGGGCAGCCUGGAACUCGCAUCGGACGUUCCACGCCAGUGCCAGCACACAUGGUAUCAAACCGUUCCUGUUGGCGGACAUCGGUGAAGGCAUCACUGAGUGUGAAGUAAUCCAGUGGUUUGUUCAGCCAGGAGACACCGUUGCAGAAUUUGAAAAGAUCUGUGAAGUGCAGUCGGAUAAAGCUUCGGUAGAAAUCACAUCCCGGUAUUCCGGAAAGGUGGUCAAGCUACACUAUGAUGUAAAUGAUGUUGCCAAGGUCGGCCAGGCAUUGGUGGAUAUCGAUGUGGAGGGCGAAGAAGCAGACGCGCCGGCAUCAGCACCAUCAGCAGGAGCGGCAGCAUCGACAUCGAUGGAAACAAAGGAACCUGAUACAUCUGUAACCCCGCCAUCUGCCACUCCAACAUCUACUCGUGAACUCAAGGACCCCUCGCUGCUCAGUCUCGCCACGCCGGCCGUGCGACGCAUUGCGAAGCAGAACAACAUUGAUAUCAAACUGGUUCGUGGUACCGGCAAAGAUGGCCGAGUACUAAAGGAGGAUGUCAUGGCGUAUAUUUCGAAUGGUGGUCAACCUUCAGCACAACAACCAACGCCAUCCCCUGUCACUCCCGUUACCCCAUCCACUGGUGAUCGUUUGGAACCGCUCACUACUAUACAAAAGGCCAUGUUCAAGUCCAUGACCAAAUCGCUUGCUAUUCCACAACUGGGUUAUAAGGAUGAGAUGGAGCUCAAUGCUACGACUCAAUACCGCGCUGCCCUGAAUAAGCACAUCGCCUCCAAUCCAGCAAUGUAUCCAUUUAAAAAGAUUUCGUAUAUGCCCGUCUUCAUCAAGUGCUUGUCCAUUGCCCUGACGCACUAUCCUAUCAUGAACGCCUCUCUUGCUGAAGGCGCCAAUGCAGCAGACGUCAAUAGCAUCAAGUUGCUGUACCGAAAAUCGCACAACAUCGGUCUGGCCAUGGAUACGCCUCAAGGGUUGAUUGUGCCCAAUAUUAAGAAUGUCCAGGACAAGACCGUCAUGGAAGUAGCUGCUGAAAUCCAUCGUUUGACAGAGCUUGGUGCAAAGAACAGUAUCCCUCCAGCUGACCUGCAAGGCGGUACGCUGACCUUGUCCAACAUUGGCACUGUUGGUGGCACCUAUGCCAACCCGGUCAUUGUAUCCUCUGAAUUAGCCAUUGUGGCCCUCGGCCGCAUGCAAACCUUGCCUCGUUUUGACGAGGUAGGCAAUGUCGUUGCGAAGCAGAUUUUGCCCGUCAGCUGGUCUGCCGAUCACCGUGUCAUCGAUGGCGCUACAAUUGCACGGUUUGGCAACUACUGGAAGAACUUGGUCGAAAACCCUGCCUUGCUUGCCAGCGAAUUACGUUAAAUUAAGAGAUAUAAAAAAGUUAGAUUUGUCAUAGUAGCAUAGUAACAUCACCACAUGUAUAAACAGACAUAAAAAAAAGACCAAAAGAACUUGAGAACAUUAACCUCGAGCGGGAUUUUUUGGAAAGUUGUUCC